ACUCACUAAUCAACACCUGCCCUGAGUCUCGCUGUGAAAAAUUACGAAAGAAUUCGGUUGUUCAACGCUUUCCAAGAUCAACAAAUCUUUGCUUAACGAACAAUAAUGGCAUCAAUUUGUGGACGCAUGGCGCUUCGUGCCGCCGCACGCCAAAAUGUGACAUACAACUCCGUGCGUACCUGCAAAAUGAUGAACGACCCGUUGGAGCACGCCACGGGUAUCGAGAAACGUGAACUGCUGCUGAAGGCGGCCGGCAACGAUAAUCCUUUCGACAUGAAGGUGUUCAAGCGCGGUGCUGGCACUAAGGAGAACCCCAACCUGAUUCCAUCGGCCUUCGAUGCCCGCAUUGUUGGCUGCAUCUGCGAAGAGGAUCAAACCUAUGUGCAGUGGAUGUGGCUGCAGAAGGGCAACCAGAAACGUUGUGAGUGCGGCCACUGGUUCAAAUUGGUUGAGAAGGCAGCUGUUUAAAGUUAUUAUUAAUUAAUUAAAUAAACCAAUUAAUAACAAAAACAAACACACACAUAAAAACAACUAUUAAGCUAAAAGUCAACAUAAUAGCUUUCCAAAUAAAAACAAACAUCAAUCCAAAUAACCAAAAUUGAAACAAAAACCGAAACCAAAUGCAAAAUGCAUAUGCACCGCGUCUGGAUGAAGCUUUUAUUUACGUUUUGGCUGGACACGCUGAUUGCAA